UUGAAUUCGAUCAAAAGAGUCAUGUUCCGGUUAUCGCACCUGUAUCGAUAUUUCACUUUGUUUACUAAAAUUGAUACUUACAUGCCUAACAAUGCUGUGAACUUUGAGCAAAACACUUCAGCACUGAAAGACUAAAACUUAUACAGUCGGAAACCAAAAUUAGUCUUACUUAGGAUUAUACUGUUUGAAGUCAUUCAGAAGAAACAUUCGCACGUUAUUGAACGGAUUUUUCUUUUAAAUAUAAAUGACAGAUUGGCAACAACACAAUUCUUCUAAAUAGUAUACAACAUCAGUGAAGGUUUGACGUUUACCUGAAAGGUUUUCAGGUUAUCGCAUGGAAACCUCUGUUAUUUUUGGAUAUAAAUUUAGCAGUUUAGCACCAACAUAACCCAGUACAAAUCUGAAUCUUCUACGUAGCGCACACUAACCUUCAACACUUCAAACCGAUUAUCAAAACUGUUCUCAAGCUUUGGCACGGAAACCUUGCAGGACGAGAACAAAUUCUGACAAAAACUGUAAGUAACUUCCCUCAGUGGAUACCUAACAGCACCGCAAGGAAACUGGAAGGGAUAAUGGUGACUGCAAUUAUCGGUAGUUGAGUUGUUUGUGUACCACACAGUCGUGUUCAUUAUGUAGCUUUGGACGAUGUUUCACAAACAAAUUCUAGGUAUGUGCAUAAAAUAUUGUCAUAUAGACGUCAAAUGUUAGGGUCACACAGGGGUCAAAUAUCACAGGUCAUAAAAAGUCAGGUCGUAUGAAGGCCAGAAGUGUCUCGGUGCUUUCUCGAGCACGGUGCCUAACUUUAAAACAGCUGAAGACAUCUGUACAAAAGUUCAUUAAUAUGUACAUCACUGAACGAGAUGUCGCUGAGGUGGACGCUCUGUGCAAGUCAGAGCUACAAAGGAGGUGUUCUGGGGAUCUAUAUUUAGUUGACAUGAUUCACGAGGUAGGACAAGGGUGGGGAUGGGGGUGAAGAAUGUAAAGUGCUCUAACAUGCCAGAACAUCUGAAAUUUCACAUAGAGUCACUUUUCUAUUAAGCACUUUCAUCUUCACUACAUCAAAAUCAUUUUCCCCAAAUCUUGAAUCAUUUUUCAAUUUACCGAUUACAUACUAUUAAAUUGGUAUCGAAAAGUAUCAACUCACAAUUUCCUAAUUUCCUCUCUAGGCCCGUGAAAACAUUUCACAUAUUGUUGAAAUGUUUCGAUGUACUCCUGACACGUCCAACCCAGGCCAGCUUCCCGUCGUCUGAGCGUCGUCAAGGUGGUGGGGAUGUGAGAGAGAAGAGAGGGCAACUUCCUGAUACGUGCAACGUUUGCAUUCGUUGCAGCCUUUCUUUUACUCCAACCUCAAUUAGACACUGCCUCGUCCCACCUCCUCAGUCAGUGCUCCUCCCACUCCAGGAAGUGCAGAUGCCAAGGACACUAUAUAAGAAGGUCAGAGGCUGCUUUCCUAGCUUCAGUAGUGUGCGACGUCUCAAAAGGUUGAGUCCACACCUUCAAGAUGACAGGUGCCUCAGGUCUGAUGUUCAUGGUACUGAUGGUGGUGUCGUCGGUGGCAGCCUACAGUAAUUACUACAACUACUACUACCAGAAUGGCUAUCCCACCCUCUGUGGCCUGUCCGCUCUAAGAGGCGCUGCUUACUAUGGGUACUACGCUUCCCGUAGGGACGAUGUAUAUCGGUACCACAAGAGGCGGUAUCGUGGCCCCCACCAGCGCUCAAACAAACAACGUUACGGCAGGUCCAUUCGAAACCCCCCUAGCAAGGAGGAGAACUUGUUGCUGUCUGCUGUGGGCCAGCUCGAUCAUGAAGGCUGCAUUCUGAAGCUGCUGUGUCAUCUCCAGACUAGGGAGGAAGAUGCCCGCUCCCUGGAGGAGAACGUCCUGGUAGAUAUGUUUGCGAAUAUCACUGAGACAUCUUACAACGCUCCUUUCAUCCACGCUCUAUACAUCGGCACCAACACCUACAACCCCACCGAAUGUAACAGCUACUUCUCCAAGUGCCCGCUGAACGACGUCCAACUGGGUGACCUCCUGCAGCAGGCCUGGAGCUGCGGUUCCAACCUCUACGACGACGAUCUUCCACAGAACCAACACGUAUCAGCCAUCGACCAGGACAACUUGUCGAACGGAACACAGAACAUGUCUCGUGCAACACACAACACGUCGGCCUCAACACUCAACACGUCGCACACGACAUAAAACACGUCACACACAUGGGACACGACAUAGAUCACCAAAUUAUUUGAAUAACCGUUUAAUUGUUGCUCUGUUGAUAUUUAAUACAAUUAACUUUUAGGUAAGUACACGGUAAUUAAGAAGUUACAUACGGAAGUGACUGGAAGCAUUGAGCCAGUAUUUGUGGGAAUCCAGUUAAGCACAACUUCAACACGUGCAGAAGUGUUUUUAAGCAAUGGUUCAUCACGUGUAGGAUUCUAAAUAUGUGUAAGAGUGUUUCUAAGUACGCGUUCAACACGUGUACGAAUAUCUAAGGACGAGUUUGUCAACAGCAGCAGUCUCAGCACGGGUUCAACACAAGCAGCACUCUAUGGACAAGUUCAACACCAGCAGGAAUCUAAGGACGGGAUCAACGCUCCACAAGGUGGAGUCACCAAAAGCACUUC